GGAGAGGCGAGGAGCUGAUGAAGAUGAUGCUGCUCCGCUCCUCAGCGUCCAGCAGCAGACGGGACAAACUGUAAUCUCUAAAAGGUGGCGGUCAUUGUUAGAGGAGGAAGGUUUUUAUGGUUGCAUCUUCCUGUUUGUCUCUACUCACUCCUUAAUUAUCUGCAACUGGCAGCCGCUGGGCUUUCCCCUCCUCUCUCUCUUAUUCCCACUUUUUUUCUCCAUUGGAGGGAAUUCUUUUUCACCAGGAAUUAUAAAAGAAAUGACUAUAUGGGAAUGAUGGUGUUGCCACUGGAACCGCCUUCUUUGUCGCCAUGACGAUGCCAUUCAGCCCCCUGUCCAGUGACGAGGAGCACCAAAGGAUGCUGGGCAACAGCAGACAUCUCUAUCCUGGGGCAGAAGACGAGGAGGAGGAGGAGGAAGAGGAAGAAGAGGAAAUGGAAGAGGAUGAGCGAGACGAGGACGGGGAGGAAGAGGAAAAUGGUGAGCUGGAGGGGGAGGAUGAUGCCGAAGAGGAGAUGGUGGAGGAGGUCAGGCGAGGAGGCAUGUCUCGGAUUGGCAGAGGAGAGGGACACAGACAGUCCGGCAAACUGUCCGGUCGACCUGCUGGGGAUCGACAGAUGAGGCCAGGAAACCCGGGACAUACCGCCAACCCUUAUUCAGCCAAUCCUGGACCCACGCACCAACAAGCAGCCAAUCAGCAGCAGCAACAGAGGAGGCUGAAGGAGCGCACUGCCAACUCGGUGCCAUCUGAAGACACCCACAUUGCCAUGAUGGUGUUUCGCAUCGGCAUCCCAGACAUAAAGCAAACGAAAUGUCUGCGGUUUAACCCCGAUGCCACGGUAUGGAAGGCCAAACAGCAGGUGCUGUGUUCUCUGACCGAGUCCCUGCGAGACGUCCUGAACUACGGCCUUUUCCAGCCAGCAACAGAUGGACAUGACGCUAAGUUCCUGGAGGAGGAGAGACCCCUCAGAGAGUACCCACAGUCUUUUGAGAAAGGGGUGCCAUAUUUGGAGUUCCGCUAUAAAACCAGGGUUUACAAACAGACCAAUCUAGAUGAAAAGCAACUGGCCAAACUGCACACCAAGGCGAGUCUGAAGAAAUUUAUGGAUUACAUCCAAACCAGCACUGUGGACAAGAUGGCCAAGUUCCUGGACAAGGGCCUGGAUCCUAACUAUCAGGAUCCUGACACUGGUGAGACUCCUCUGUCGCUGGCAGUGCAGUGUGAGCCAGGUGGAGGAGAGGCCAUCCGGGUCCUGGUGGACAGUGGCGCUCACAUCGACUUCCGUGCCAAAGAUGGACUCACGCCGCUUCACAAGGCUGUUCGAGGCCACCGCCAUACAGCCCUGCUGGUCCUGCUCUCUCUGGGUGCUUCUCCAGACUAUAAGGACCGGCGGGGGCUGACACCGCUUUACCACACUGUGCUAACAGGGGGUGACACCUCCUGCUGUGAAACACUGCUUUACCACCACGCCAAUCUGGGCAUCAGGGACGAGAACGGCUGGGAUGAGACGCAUCAGGCCUGCCAACAUGGGAACUCGCAGCAUCUGGAGCACCUACUCUUCUAUGGGGCGGAUUCGUCCUCCCAGAACGCCUCUGGAAACACUGCCUUGCACAUCUGUGCUUUAUACAACAAGGAAAGUUGUGCACGAAUCCUUCUGUACCGUGGAGCCAGUAAAGACAUGAAAAAUAACAGCGGACAGACUCCAUUUCAGGUGGCUGUUAUGUCUGGGCAUUUUGAAUUGGGUGAAAUUAUAAAAAACCACCGAGAUACAGAUGUGGUUCCUUUUGUUGAGUCUCCAAAGUACGCCCCCCAGAGGAGAGAGAGCACCCGCACCCUGGGGCUGCCCCAUCCACACCCCUUUCUUCGAGCCAACAGUGACAGCAGCAUGAACCUGCCAGACUGGAUGGCUGUGCCCAACGCCCCGACCACCAACAUCGUUUCUGUGCAGGGGUAUAAACAUACAGGAACCUUGCGGAGCUCCAGCAGUCCCAGAGGAGCGAGGACACGAUCCCCGUCCCGAGGUCGGAUCGGAGACAAGGAGGACCGGAGUAGGCAGAGUCAGAGACGGGGGCCUCCCCCGACCACCACCACCACCAUACAAACGGCUGGCCAGCGCAGACGCCUCUACAGCGCCGUCCCAGGACGAGUCUUUGUAGCGACUCGGUCGCACUCUGCUCAGGGGGAGCGGGAAAUAAGCUUCAGCAAAGGAGACAGGGUCAAAGUGUUGAGUAUCGGCGAGGGUGGGUACUGGGAGGGGACGGUCCGAGGUCGCACUGGGUGGUUCCCAUCUGACUGCGUUGAGGAAGUGGUGCUUCGAAGCCAGGAUAACCGAUCAGAGAGUCGUGGAGAACGAGCCAAAAGGUUGUUCCGCCAUUACACAGUGGGAUCAUAUGACAGUUUUGAAGCUCCAAGUGACUACAUAAUCAAAGAGAAGACGGUGCUUCUGCAGAAAAAAGACAGUGAAGGAUUUGGCUUUGUGCUUAGAGGGGCCAAAGCUCAAACUCCUAUUGAAGAGUUCACUCCCACUCCAGCCUUCCCUGCCCUGCAGUAUUUGGAAUCGGUGGACGAGGGCGGUGUGGCCUGGAGAGCUGGUCUCAGGAUGGGGGAUUUUCUCAUAGAGGUAAAUGGUCAGAAUGUUGUUAAGGUCGGCCAUCGGCAGGUUGUCAAUAUGAUCCGGCAGGGCGGCAACAGCCUCAUGGUGAAGGUUGUCAUGGUAACCCGCAACCCUGAUAUGGAGGAAGGCUCAAGGAAGAAAAUCCCACAGCAGAGCAAGAGGCUGAGCACCCCAGCUAUCGCUCUGCGCUCCAAAUCAAUGACUUCAGAGCUGGAGGAGAUGGUGGAGAGAGCUGCUACCCCUUGGAAAAAAAAAUCAGAAUUCGAAUCCUCGCAAGUUUCAGAGAAGAAGAGGACAGUUUAUCAGAUGGCUUUGAAUAAACUCGAUGAAAUUCUUGCAGCGGCUCAGCAGACAAUCAACACCAACGAGGCUUCUGGGACACGGGGACAGGGGCCAAAGAGGGACAGGGGACGAAGUUUCUACGGAAAUGAGCCAAACUACGGUGAUCAGUCUGGGAUGGGGAUGAUGUCAGGACUGGGACUUGGCUACGAGCGUGGACAGUAUAGCUCUGGUCACGCCCCACAGCACGGUAUGCUGCGGCAGAAAUCCAUCGGUGUGCCUGAGGAGGAGAAGCAGUUUUUGCAUCCUCCUGCAAUUAAGUUUGCACGGAGUCUGUCAGUGCCUGGUCCAGAUGAUAUUCCCCCUCCUCCUACGACAGCUCCCCCCGAACCUCCAUUCUCCUCCGCCCCACUGAUCGGCUGGAGAACGAAGUCAUCCCAGCAGUCCUCUGUCUCUGUGUCCCAGUCAACGUCUAGCUCUGCACACUACCAGCCCUUCUCCCAGUCAGGACACCUGAGCCAGGGUGGCAGGGAGAGGGUGGGUGGUUCCACCACUGGCACUGCUGGUGGAGCAGCAGACCACACAACUCCUUAUGUACAUGCAGCUUCUCAUACAGCUCAAAGCAGGACUGCAUCGCGAAAGGUUGCCUAUACUGGGGAGUCUGUUGGAGCUGGGAUCGGGGCUGGCACAGGAACUAAAUCAGCAGGCCUAAGGAGAGGCUAUAGCACAGCUGUGCCCCCGUCCAGCAUUGCUACUGUAAUGCCCCAGCAACAACAGACCACCCAGAGUCAACCCCAGCGGGCAGACCGCAGUGCACCUGCGGCAGGUGGCCCCAAAGGAGGGGCCAGAAGAGGCAAAGGGCCUCUAGUAAAGCAAUCUAAGAUAGAGGAGCUGCGUCUAGGUCAGGGAAGCCUAGGGAGCAAAGACUCUGUGGAGAAAAGCUCAAUUCCUAUCCCCACCAUUAUUGUAAAAGCUCCCUCAACCAGCAGCAGUGGACGGAGCAGCCAGGGCAGCAGUGUAGAGGCUGAUGUUCCAGCGUCGGGGGAGACAAGUGAUACAAAAACACCUCAUGGCCCGCCUCCAUCCACUCCUGCUCCACAGCCACCUGCACCACCAUCCAUCCCAGCACCCCCACCUCCAUCUUUGCCUUCUAUUCGAGCCCAGGAAAAUCUGGACUUUACCAGCCAGUUUGGGGCCGCUAUUGUUGGCGCAGCUCGCCGAGACAGGGAGCGAUUUCUUGAAGCCCGUCGAAAGAGUGCCUCCUUAUUCAUGUCUGCUGAGGAGGACCUGAGUCUUGGGAUAAGUGAAGCAUUAGGAGGAGCUUCAAGAUCUCAGGUGUCUCAGCAGCAGUUAAACAAUCAACCUGAAAGUUCAUCAACACGACUGCGCCCUUCCAAGUCUAUUGAUGAGGGCAUGUUUUCUGCAGACACCUUUAUCCAACACACCCGGAGUAUGCCUCCAGCCUUUGGCCUACCAGAGUAUCCCUCUACGGCCCUGGACUAUCAGCCCAAAUCUGUGCCUGCUGAUCUGUACACCGCAGCAGGCAGACAACCAUCUUCCUCCUCCAACACCACUUUUAUUCAUCCUUUAACUGGGAAGGCACUCGACCCCACAUCACCUCUGGGCCUCGCCCUGGCUGCCAGGGAGCGUGCCCUGAGGGAUGACAGCAGGUUACGGAGGGGAACAGAACAUCUCUUGACCCGCCAAAUGUCAAGCAUGGUGUUCCCUUCAUCCGGUGUCACCACUCAGCCAGUAUCAUCAACAACGCAGUCUUCAAGCUCUUACUUGGUGACUUCUUCUUCUUUGGCAGCUACCACGCCCACAGUUGGUCGUCCACCCUCGCCAAGAAUCCUCAGGGGAGUAGGUAGUACAUGGGGGGAAGAAGGUGGGGACCGUGAGCGUGAAGGGGGUGGAGCUCGUGAGGGUCUUAGAGUUCGGUUCUCUGAGGACAAAACGGUCCAUACACACCACUAUCAGUCUCAGCCAUAUCAGCCAUCCUAUAAGGAGCGUGACAGGUCAAGGGAAAGAGAACAUUCUAGAGAGAGGGAGAGGGAGAGGGAGAGGGAUAAAGAGAGAGAAGGUUACAUGAGGCGUGCAGAGCAGGCUGUGGAAAGUUCAGGCCAGCAGCCCAGAAGACCCUCGUUUCUCAGGAUGGAAAGUCAAGCUGAUGCUUAUAUCCUGUCCCUCACACCUCCUUCUCCUCCACCAACCAAUACCCAACAGGCAGCAAACACCUCUAAAAACACUGGAACAGGUUUGAUGGUUCUUCCUCCUCCUGCUCCCUCAGUUGAUGCAGAUGAUGAAUUUGUCUACGCGGACCCUCUCCCUCCACCUUUGGAGUUUGCAAAUAGCUUUGACAGGGGAAUAUCAGGAUAUUCCCAACAUGGAAUGCUUUCCAACAGCCUGAUCCAUCGGCAACAGCAAGUCCCUCCCCCUCCUCCACCACCUCCUCCACCUCCACCACCCCCACCUCCUCCACAAAAAGAACAUUAUAUCAGCAGCUUUCCAGCCCAUACACCUCUACACUCUCCUCAGGCGGGGGACUCCACUGCAUCGAGCCUCACAUCAUAUGACAGCGAGGUGGCAAAUCUGACUCAGUCUGCUCCUUCCCCUUCUCAGACAUCACCAAAUCCUCCACCGCCUUCUUCACCUUCAACCCUUCAGCCAUCCAUGGGUCCUCCUCCUCCCCCCGCAGUCUCACCUCCACCUCCUCCUGGAGCUGGGUCCUACCACAGACCGUUUUCAAUGUCUCACCACCUUUACAACAGCACUCACACAUCUGGACGAUCAUCACCAACACCUCCCCAGCAUGUGGUAGCACCUCCCCCAGCUUACCGGGGUCCCCUGGCUCCCUCCAGCACUGCUGCCACUUCCGUCCCACACAGAGGCACUGCUUCCCAUGCCACAACCGCUACUUGUUCAGCUACCACCACCACUGCUGCUACCACAACCACCUCCAGUCAGUUCCAUAAAGAGAGAACACACCCCACUCAUUCAACUUACUCCACCACCAUCACAGGAAGGACUAGCGACCACCAUCGGCCUCACCCUUCUGCCAAAAAAGGGGAGUCCCAGGAAACAGUUGUAGACUCUGGGAUUGAGGAACUUGAUAGCCGCAGUAGCAGUGAUCACCAUUUGGACAGCAUUUUGGGUCUAAGUGGGGCUGGAGUCCGAGGAGACAGGCUGGAUCGAGGAGAGAGAGUUGGAGCUGGAGGGCAUGGGCGUAUGGGAGGGAGUUUAGGAGAAACAGAACGAGGAGGAGGGGACUUUCUGGAGUCAUACAUGAGCUACCUUGAUGGGCAAACCUUUGAGAUGCAGAAUGCAACAGCAGCAGCUUCCACCUACCCAAAAACCAACAGGUUUAGAGAAGGUAAUCGCAGUGCUGACCCUCAUCGACAGACCAGCACUGCUCCUGCAUCCUACCACUCCCACAGGCAAAGAGAUGGGCAGGUAGAUGAUGAAGUAGAGGAGGGACUCGGGGAAGACGAAAGUGCUCAAGAUGGUUACGGGAUGAGAGACAUUCAGAAUUUGGGCCGUCCAACAUCACCGUACUUUGAGCGACCACGAACUCCUGAAAUGAGGCAAGUCUGGGGCGAUGGUCAGAUGAGCGCUGAUGGGGGGAGCCAGUCAGGGUCCUUUUUAGAAGGAAAGAAAAUUUACCCUCCUGCAUCAAGCAUGAAGCCCAGCAUUAUUAACGAGCUGAGCAGCAAACUGCAGCAAAGAAGUAAAGACAGCUGGAGCAGCCAUAGACCGCUAAGCAGGCACAGGUUUUCUGAAGACUCCGCCUCAGCACUGAGUCCGCCAUCAGUCCGCUCCCAGUCUCCAUCUCCAAUUUCUUUAUCACAGCCAUCUUUAUCGCCGUCUCCCACCCCAGCCUCUCAGUACCCAAACUGGGGGCGUUCCCCAUCGCCUCAGCCUCCAGCCACUUCUCAACCUCCCCGCUCCCACUCCCCGUUGUCCCCAACGUCUUAUUCCCCUUACCCUACAUCUCCCAAGCACAGACCUGUGUACCGAACCAAAGCCCUGGAGUUCCAGUUUAUCCCAAGUCGAGAGUCCCGAAAGGCAGAAUCUCACAUCCUUCAGCGCAGACGAGCUCCGAGUCCCCUUAUAUCCCAAUCAGAAAGGCCCAAAGUGGCGCCACCCCGCCCAUCGUCCCUUCCCCUUCUCCCUACGUCACCUCUCUACAGUGCCAUCUACGACCUCCGUGGUUCAAUCACUCCACCGUCUCCUGGGAAUCCUCUUGGAGAUCCUUACUUUUCACCUUCUCCUCCUCUUUUUGCCCCCUCUGGAGCCCCACCACCUCCAAACUCCACCUUAGUGGUGUCACGAUCUCUUUCCCCAACCCAUUUUCUAUCAGGGACAUCCUCUCCACCCCUGCACCCCCACCCGCCUCCUACCUGUCUGAGUUAUCCCCACUUACCACCCCCUUCCCCCACAAAGCCUUUUGCUUCCAAGCCGUUACCCUAUUGGACCAAGUACGAUGUUGCAGACUGGCUGGCGUACCUCAACCUUGGCGAGCAUAGAGAGCGGUUUCUUGACAAUGAGAUUGAUGGCAGCCAUUUGCCCUCUUUGACCAAGGAAGACUACCUGGAUCUGGGGGUGACGCGAGUGGGGCACAGAAUGAAUAUAGAGCGAGCCCUAAGGAGCGUCAUGGAUAGGUUGUCCAGCAGUCCGUUCCCCAUUUCUGUUCUCUCUCCUCGGGAGGGGCAGACUGACAGGAGAAGGGACGACGGGAGUCGGAGUUGAGGCUGUAAAAGAGGGGCAGGGAGGGUUUGAAGUCAGUGAUGGAGGAGGCCACAGUUGCUGCUGUUCAUGACGGUGGAUUCACAGGUUUCUGCAAGUGGGAGUCCCUGAAAGAGGGGGAGAAACAAGGGGAAAGGCUGAUGAUUUGUCCCAACGCCGGCUGGUGCUCUGAUUUAAACAAACACCCCUUACAUCCAUCCAAACACAAUCACAGUAACAAAACCUAACUAAACCUCCUCUCAUACUAAAACACAUGAAGACUUUAUGGCUGCAGCAGAGAUUAUAAAGUUAGAUUUAUUAAGAUCACAACCCAUUUACACUGAACUGGGGGAUUUAGUGUUGGGCUUCAGGGAAGAGUCGUCUUCAGCUGGCUGGCUGUUUUUGUUCAGGUUUAAAAGUGUGCAAAGAUCCAGAGUUUACUUUCUUAUCAGAUGUUUGGAGGAGGUUUCGUUUGUGUGAUUUAUUUCAUUUAGCAGAAUAAAGUCAUGGUAAGAAAUUAAAGCCUCUGUUUUUAGGUUGAGUAUAAGUGAUCUGGUCUUUACCAAGUUUAAUUUACAGCUCUCUGUUUUUGUGACAGUCCAACAUGGACUGUGUGUCCAAUGACAGCAGGGCUAUCACAACCCUUAUGUUUUUAACUUAAAGUAUCUGCUUAAUCCAA